AUGCCUCCACCAAUGAGCACUUCCCUCCCUCCAGUUAACCCGCCUUUGACCACCGCCCUUCCUUCCGACUCUUUCCAUCUCCUUCCUGAAGCCAAAAAGGCCGGCGCCGCCGAAGAUGCUCUCUAUGAGCAACAGAUACGCGACGUCGAAGCCUGGUGGGCAACGCCCAGGUAUGCUGGUAUCACCAGGCCGUACACGGCGGCCGAUGUUGUAUCUGCCCGAGGCUCGCAGCAGCAGUCAUAUCCGAGCUCGACAAUGGCAAGGAAAUUAUGGAACUUGAUACAAGAGCGCAAGGCCGAGGGCAAACCCAUCCAUACUCUGGGUGCCAUUGACCCAAUCCAGAUGACGCAGCAGGCUGCCCAUCAAGAGGUGCUCUAUGUUUCCGGUUGGGCAUGCUCCAGCGUUUUGACCAGCACGAACGAGGUGUCUCCAGACUUUGGCGACUAUCCGUACAACACGGUGCCGAAUCAAGUACAGCGCCUUGCAAAGGCUCAAUCCAUGCAUGACCGAAAACACUGGGACGCACGACGAAAGAUGUCUGCGCAAGAACGCUCAUCCACCCCAUACACCGACUACCUGCGCCCCAUAAUCGCGGACGGCGACACGGGUCAUGGUGGCCUGACAGCUGUCACCAAGCUUGCCAAACUGUUUGCCGAAGCAGGCGCCGCAGCCGUUCACUUUGAGGAUCAGAUGCACGGAGGCAAGAAGUGCGGCCAUCUUGCCGGGAAGGUCCUCGUGUCGACGGGUGAGCACAUCAACCGCCUGACGGCUGCGCGUAUGCAGUGGGAUAUCAUGGGGACCGAGAACCUUGUCAUUGCCCGCACGGAUUCAGAGUCCGGUCGGUUGAUCAGCAACAACAUCGAUGCCCGCGAUCACGAGUUUAUCCUCGGAGUGACAGACCCUUCAGUGGCACCGCUGGCGGGAACUUUGCAGAACAUGGAGGCUCGCGGCGCAUCAGCUUCAGAGAUUGACGCCUACGAGGCUGCCUUUACGCGCGAUCACCCCCUGGUGACCUUUGAUGAAGCAGCAGUCUCACACAUGAAGAAACACAACGUUGACCCAGCGCAGUACGAGGCCGGCGUUGCAAAGGACCGUGACAUGAGCAUAUGGGAUCGCCGAGCGUUGGCUAAGCAUAUUCUGGGCGAAGACAAGCCUGACGUCUACUGGGAUUGGGAUGUUCCCCGUACGAGAGAGGGGUACUACCACUUCCGCUCGGGGAUGCGUGCCGCCACCAAACGUGCGCUUGCCUUUGCACCGUAUGCUGAUCUCCUCUGGGUCGAGACCGGCGACCCAUCUGUAUCCGUCUGCCGACAGCUCGGACGCGCAGUGAAGGAAGCAUAUCCCGAGAAGGCUCUGGUGUAUAACUUGAGCCCGUCGUUCAACUGGAUGGGUCACGGGUUCACGGAGCAGACGCUCAAAUCGUUCAUCUGGGACAUCGCCAAGGAGGGAUUCGUCCUGCAGCUCGUGAGCUUGGCUGGUGUACAUACCAACGCCACUGCGACAUGCGAGCUCGCCAGGGCAUUCAAGGACGAAGGCAUGCUGGCUUACGUCAACCUGGUGCAGCGCAAGGAGAAGGAGAUUGGCUGCGACGUGCUCACUCACCAGAAAUGGAGCGGUGCGGCGUACAUGGAUCGCAUAGUCGGGGCUAUCCAAAGCGGAAGCUCAAGUAGCAAGAGUAUGGGAGCUGGCAACACAGAAGGACAGUUUCUCUAG